GGGCAGCCAUAUUUGUCUUUCUGUGCCGGCUGAAGGAGAGAUCCUGGAGUCAUGAGGGGAAUCAGGUCUCUUAACGUUCUCCCCAAACGUUGCUACGCUGCUGCCAGAAGGAGUGAAGCUCUGACCGAACCGCUCACAGUCCGCCAAAAACCAUCCUCUGCCGCUUCUCUCCCUCCUCAAAAUGUCCAGGUGUCCAAGCUCCCAAAUGGUAUGGUCAUCGCGUCACUGGAGAACUACUCCCCCAUGUCCAGUGUCGGCGUGUUUGUAAAAGGUGGGAGUCGCCAUGAGAGUGUGGAUAACCUGGGCGUCUCUCAUGUGCUACGACUGGCAGCAAACCUGACUAAUAAGGGUUCGUCUGCCUUGACACUCUGUCGCAGUGUGGAAGCGCUGGGAGGCAGCCUGAGUGUGACAUCAUCAAGAGAGACCAUGGUCUACUCCACAGACUGCCUGAGAGAUCACCUAGAGGCAAUAAUGGAGUAUGUGGUCAGCGCGACUGUAGCUCCGGAGUUUCGGCCGUGGGAAGUCAGCGACCUGACAGCCAGGGUGAAGGUCGAUAAGGCUGUGGCUCAGCAGUGUCCUCAGAUAGGCAUAAUUGAGAAGUUGCAUGAAGCAGCAUACAAAAAUGGCCUGUGCAACUCUCUGUACUGCCCUGACCACAUGGUUGGUCGUGUCUCCCCUCAACAGCUGCAGUCAUAUGUUGAGGACAAUUUCACCACUGGCAGAAUGGCUCUUGUAGGACUUGGUGUGAAGCACUCUGUCCUGAGGCAGAUGGGCGAGGGACUCCUGAGUGUCCGCACUGGGGCUGGAGCACCUGUGGCAAAGGCUUUGUACCGUGGAGGUGAGAUGCGAUUGCAGAACAGUGAUGACUUGGCCCAUGCGCUGAUUGCCUGCGAGGGUGGUGUGGCAGGUAGCGCAGAAGCUAAUGCCUUCAGCGUGCUGCAAAGGAUCCUGGGAGCUGGCCCACAUGUAAAGAGGGGUGCCAGCAUCACCAGCAAACUAAGCCAGGGGAUUGCCAAAGCUACCACACAGCUCUUUGAUGCCUCAUCCUUCAAUGCCUCAUACUCUGACUCUGGCCUGUUUGGCAUCUACACCAUUGCACAAGCUAGCUCAGCAGGAGAGGUGGUCAAAGCUGCCGUCGCUCAAAUGAGAGAUGUGGCUGAAGGAAACGUGUCAGAGGCUGACAUCACCAGAGCAAAGAACCAGGUGAAAGCAGAGUACCUGAUGUCAAUAGAGAGCUCUGAUGGCCUAAUGGAGGAGAUCGGCGCUCAGGCUCUGGCUACUGCGGUGUACCAGGUCCCAGAGACUGUUCUCCAGGCUGUAGACUCCGUCACCAAGGACCAUGUGGUCAUGGCUGCAAAGAAAUUUGUGGACAGCAAGAAGACCAUGGCAGCUAGUGGAAACCUUGUUAAUGUACCGUUUUUGGAUGAAUUAUGAAAAUAAAAUAAAGGAGCCGUUGAUUUUAACAUAGGCAUGCUGUGCCCGGCUGCUUGAAAAGGAAAGAGGAUCUCAAAGCCACAGCAGCAAUUCAUUUGAUGUCACCAAUCAUUUGUAGUCUGUCCUGCAGUAAGUGUAAGCACCAACAAGGAGCUGGAGAACCAUAAUGCAGACAUUUUGGCUGUUUUGUCAACUUAACUGUAUAUCUAUGUAAAUUAAAGUAAUGAAAGUAAUAACA